AUGAAAGGAAAACGAGCUGCAACUACUAGACGUAUUACCGAAGAAAUCAAACGAAAAUGCAAACAGUCUGAAUUUGUUUCGGUUGACGGGUAUUUAACGAGCCAAAUCUGCAACAAGUGCAAAGCCAAUCAAUUAAAUAAUACCUCCAUUGCUGGGUCAAAGCGAAGAGUACACUCUGUCCUCAAGUGUGAAUCUUGUGGUACGGUUUGGAAUCACGAUGUGAACAGUGCAUUGAAUGUAUAUGGUAUCUUUGUUUACAAAUCAAAACACGACAAUGAAAGUCCUCUCUCCUUCAAAAGACCAACGUUGUUCCCUGGAUUUAAUGCGCUGUCUAUAACGGCAGUGCAUUCCUUAACACCUCGGUAA